GACCUAAAGGGCAAGGAAGGAGGAGCCACUGGAGGAGAUUGAAGCCUUGGAGGAGCGUGAUCAGACCUGCCUUUUGGGAAGCUCCCAGGGCAGCCGCGGGCUUGCCUCCCGCUCUCAGCAGCCAUCGUGCCAUUUGUUACUCCAUGCCCUUGGACCUCAGGUCUUGAAACGACCUUUUGUGCGGACCGUUUUUAGCAAAAAAUAAGGUGCUCAUCUGCCGGAACUACCGUGGCGACGUGGAUAUGUCCGAGGUGGAGCACUUCAUGCCCAUCCUGAUGGAGAAGGAGGAGGAAGGGAUGCUGUCGCCCAUCCUGGCCCACGGGGGAGUCCGCUUCAUGUGGAUCAAGCACAACAAUCUGUAUCUGGUUGCUACCUCCAAGAAGAACGCAUGUGUGUCGCUGGUGUUCUCCUUCCUUUAUAAGGUGGUGCAGGUGUUUUCAGAGUACUUCAAGGAGCUGGAGGAGGAGAGCAUCCGUGACAACUUUGUCAUCAUCUACGAGCUGCUGGAUGAGCUCAUGGACUUCGGCUACCCCCAGACCACCGACAGCAAGAUCCUGCAGGAGUACAUCACCCAGGAAGGCCACAAGCUGGAGACGGGGGCCCCAAGGCCCCCAGCCACCGUCACCAACGCAGUGUCCUGGCGGUCUGAGGGCAUCAAGUACCGGAAGAACGAGGUGUUCUUGGACGUCAUCGAGUCCGUCAACCUCUUGGUCAGUGCCAAUGGCAACGUGCUGCGCAGUGAGAUUGUGGGCUCCAUCAAGAUGCGGGUCUUCCUCUCAGGCAUGCCCGAGCUGCGCCUGGGCCUCAACGACAAGGUUCUCUUCGACAACACGGGCCGUGGCAAGAGCAAGUCCGUGGAGCUGGAGGAUGUGAAGUUCCACCAGUGUGUGCGACUCUCACGCUUCGAGAACGACCGCACCAUCUCCUUCAUCCCCCCAGAUGGCGAGUUCGAGCUCAUGUCCUACCGCCUCAACACCCACGUCAAGCCCUUGAUAUGGAUCGAGUCCGUGAUCGAAAAGCAUUCCCACAGCCGCAUCGAGUACAUGAUCAAGGCCAAGAGCCAGUUCAAGCGGCGGUCAACGGCCAACAACGUGGAGAUCCACAUCCCCGUGCCCAACGACGCCGACUCCCCCAAGUUCAAGACGACAGUGGGGAGUGUGAAGUGGGUCCCCGAGAACAGUGAGAUCGUGUGGUCCAUCAAGUCCUUCCCGGGUGGCAAGGAGUACCUGAUGCGGGCCCACUUUGGCCUUCCGAGCGUGGAGGCGGAGGACAAGGAGGGCAAGCCCCCGAUCAGCGUCAAGUUUGAAAUCCCCUACUUCACUACCUCUGGCAUCCAGGUGCGCUACCUGAAGAUCAUUGAGAAGAGCGGCUACCAGGCUCUGCCGUGGGUCCGGUACAUCACUCAGAAUGGAGAUUACCAGCUCCGGACCCAGUGACGGGCCCCACGGCCGGCGCUGGCGCUCCAGGUGGAAGCACCCGGAGGAAGCACCUGCCGAGCCUGCGGGAUGGAGGAGGGGCGCCCCCCUGGCUGCCGGCCACCCUCCCGGCUCCUCCCGGCUCCUCCCGGGCCCCACCUCCUCCAGGCACACCUGCUCUGCCGUUGCCACUCUCGUCCCUGAGGUCCCUUCUCCUAGAAGAGGCUCAUCUUCGAGAAGUCUUGUCUCUCUGCCCCCUGAGUCAGUUUGAGGGGAAGGAAAUGAAAUCUUUCCCUCCAGAGAUCAAAUGCAGCCUUCUGUGCUGUUUAGCUCCCAGGCGCCAGAAAGAUUGGGAAAUGCCCGCCGGACUGCUGGCCGCACGCGGCAUGUGGCCGGGCCGGCAGGGCCGCUGUUUUAUUGCCGUUCUGCUGAACGUCGUAGGUUUAUAAGUGUCCCCAGAGUUUGUCUUGUUCGUCCAUCGUUGUUUACGUGAACCUCACUGUGUGCACCCCCCGCCCCUUGUCCUGAAGCGCUCUUGGGCAGCACUUAGCGCGGGCGGGCUCGCCCCCCCCCCCCCCCAGCAGCGCCAGCACCGGGUGGCCCUCCCACGUCCGGCCGGAACCUGGCACUCGGGUCUGUGGCUGCAGCUUCUGACUGCUCCUCGGGGCUCCUGGCCUAGACCCCCGGCUUCAGCGGAGGUGCCUUCCCAGGGUGAGCCGUGCCGUGCAAGGCCAUCACCCAGCCACAUCAGUGUUUGUCCCCCGGGGGACCGCCGGCCCCAUAGGGCGGGGGGCACGGGCCAUCCCCGUCUGUGCUGGGUCACCCACCGCACCACCACCCUGUCUGUGUCCGUGUCACACGAUUACAUUAAAUUCCAUUACUUAAACACA